CUCCUCCUCAGCUGCUCAGAGGGAAGGCCUUGUUGGAGCCCCUGGUCAGGGGAAGGACAGCUGCAAGGAGCCAAGGUGGUGGAAUUCCUGGGCGGCUCCCCUUUCCCCUCGAGCUGAUGCAAUCUCUGGGUUCUGUCAGGCUUGGAAGCUGCAAUCUGGUGGACCGAGUCGCUCCCCGACUCUGCUCCUGGGCCAAGGAGAGCGCUGCCUGUGUCUGCCCGCUCCGAACGGCCCAGAGCCCGAGCCGCCGCCAUGGCGGCCACCCUCCUCAUGGCUGGCUCCCAGGGGCCUAUGACAUUUGAAGAUAUGGCUAUGUAUCUCACUCGGGAAGAAUGGAGGCCUCUGGACCCAACACAAAGGGACCUUUAUCGGGAUGUUAUGCAGGAGAAUUAUGGAAAUGUAGUUUCCUUAGAUUUUGAUAUCAGAAGUGAGAAUGAAGCGAAUCCAAAGGGGCUAUCUGAAGAUAUAGAAUUUGGGGACAUAUCAGGAAGGCCAAUUGAGAGUGUUCAUCAGAAUCCUGAAUGCGAAGAAGGCUUUGAAAGUGGGGACAAGUCAGAAGAACAGUGGGGAGAUUUAACUGGAGAUGAGUGGGUAAAUUAUCCUCUUCAACAAGUUACAGAUCUCCUGGUCCACAAGGAAGUCCAUGGAGAUAUAAGAUUCCAUAUAUGCUCUCAGUGUGGAAAGGCUUUCAAUCAAAUCUCAGACCUGAAUCGACAUCAGAGAACUCAUACUGGAGAAAGACCUUAUAAAUGUUAUGAUUGUGGAAAGAGCUUUAGCCGAAGCUCCCAUCUCAUUCAGCAUCAGAGAACACACACUGGGGAGAAACCCUAUGAUUGCAGUGAAUGUGGGAAAAGCUUUGGUCGAAGCUCACACCUCAUUCAACAUCAGACAAUUCAUACUGGAGAGAAACCCCACAAAUGUAAUGAAUGUGGCAAAAGUUUCUGCCGGGUCUCACACCUUAUUCAGCACCAGAGGACCCACAGUGGAGAGAAGCCUUAUGAGUGUGAGGAAUGUGGGAAAAGCUUCAGCCGAAGCUCUCACCUGGCUCAACACCAGAGGACACAUACUGGUGAGAAACCCUAUGAAUGUAAUGAAUGUGGGAGAAGCUUCAGUGAAAGAUCAGAUCUUAUCAAGCACUACAGAGUCCACACAGGAGAAAGACCCUACAAAUGUGAUGAAUGUGGGAAAAACUUUAGUCAGAAUUCAGAUCUCAUUCGCCAUCGCAGAGCCCAUACAGGAGAGAAACCAUAUAGAUGUAAUGAAUGUGGGGAAAAUUUCAGCCGGAUCUCACACUUGGUUCAACAUCAGAGAACCCACACUGGUGAAAAGCCCUAUGAAUGCAAUGAGUGUGGUAAAAGCUUUAGCCGGAGUUCCCAUCUCAUUACGCAUCAGAAAAUUCACACUGGAGAGAAGCCCUAUGAAUGUAAUGAAUGUUGGAGAAGCUUUGGUGAGAGAUCAGAUCUUAUUAAACACCAGAGAACACAUACUGGAGAAAAGCCCUAUGAAUGUGUGGAAUGUGGAAAAGGUUUUACCCAGAGCUCAAACCUUAUCACACAUCAGCGAGUUCAUACUGGAGAGAAACCAUAUGAAUGCACCGAAUGUGACAAAAGUUUCAGUCGGAGUUCAGCUCUUAUUAAACAUAAGAGAGUUCAUACAGACUGAGUCCCUUACUUGAGAUUACAUGGGAUUGAAUUUAGCAAAGAACAAAAAAUUUGAAAGUAGUGAGCUCCCUUUGAGUCAAGCUCCUUUCACUAUAUUGAAUUUUCUAGUUGUGAGUCAUAGUUUAAAUUUCUAAGAAGAUGAAGUCAUUUGGAGCUCUGAUCUAAGGCUUUGGAAUCUUGAUUUCUUCCUUAGAAAUAACCAAUCAUAAUCCUUUUAAAUUCAACAUUAAUGAAUUGCUCAGUUAAAAGUACAAACCAAGUGACUGAAGAUCUGUAGUCCCAGGAAGAAACACUAGCUACCAUGGCUAUUGGGACCAGGGACUGCAAUGACAGUGUUUCAGCAGCUCUUUGUCUCACUCCUCUGGCUCACAUUUAUGCCCGAAGGAAAGCGUGGAAUUGUAAUAGGUGUUGAACUGCCUUAGAAGAAGGCGAUCAGAAACUCUUCCCUGAAUAACCAUGCCUAUACAAGCCUUGUUAAUUCAGCAUACUCAUCCUCUCCUAUCAAGGGCUUUGUUCUUGAAUUGCCCAUAUAGCCAUACAUAAGGAGUUUUUCUUCUGCUUUCCUGAGAGCAGGACUCUGCGCAAUGGAUGCAAUUAUUGCAGCAUUUGUCCUUCCUGUUUUCAUUUCUAUUUAUUCAUUGUAAUAUUUUAACUUUUGUUAAAACACUUUUAAGGAAAAAAAGAUCAAAAGGGAAAGUGAGCAAUAGGGUUCAGGAAAGAUCAUCUCUUUCCUGCUCCCAUUAAGUGACUCUGCCAAAAUUUGCUCUGUGUUGUUAUCAUCAUUAAUCACAAUUUGCUAAUUAUCUUUUGGGAUGACUAUAGGGUAUAGUUAUGGGGGCGGGGCAUCAUCUUCAAGGAAGACAGGGCAAUGGAAUCUAACCACAGUCGCCCUAAGAGGUGAAAAUGGACCCUUGAGGAAAAAGGAAGGAAGGUGUCUGCCUUCUCCUGUGAAGUACUGGUGUUUUCUGCUUUAUUUCUUCCACCCUUUCAGAUUCCUGACUGUUGAUUGAUCUAAGAAGUAAGGAGCCUGGAUUCCCAAUGUCCUCAGUACUAACUAGACCUUGAGAGGGAUGGUUUCUAGUACUUCUUACAUAAGGCCUUAUAGGCAUACCAUCAACUAUCUAUGUGGGUAUGAUUCUACAAGAUAAUUGAGACGUCAGGAUCACACAGUAUCAGCAUGGUUUGAAACCAACAUGCUUUCAUGUGAUGGAUAUCUGAAUUUAAUCCACAGGGGUGAGAAAUUUUAUGGAUUUUUUUUUUUUAAACACUGGUGCCCUAGGACUCACUCUUAUGUAAGAGGCUAGCAUAUAUUUUUGUUUGUGUAGCUAGAUUGUUGGGGGGAUGACUACCUGAACAGAUUGAUAAAGUACUGUAAUUGAAAACAGAACAGGAAGCUGGAAACAUCGUUCUGGUAGAGAAAAACAGGUAAAUCAAGGCAGGCCUUUUUUAUCUGUUACUGUCUUAAAUGAAAAGCAAAUACAGAUGGAUAGAAGAAUUCUAUAACAGGUGGUGUGAGUUUCCCUCUCUCUCAGGGUGAGAUUUUAGAGCCAUUCCUAAAUCUCAGGCAUGGCACUGGGGGAGAGGUAGGAACUGAGAAAAGGAAAGAUUUGGAUUCUUUUUCAGGAAUCCCCCUAACUUUUUAUGUUGUUCUAUAUUGUGACCGUUGUACUGUUUUUUAAAACUUCUUUCUGUUCUAUUUGGAGUAUUCUAGGGGCAAGUAAGCCCUUUGGAAAUGAAAUGCUCAACUGAAUCAUUGUGACCUUGAGCUUUAAGGGCCUGGGGAUUCUGUUGCUUACAGCCACAUAUAGCCUAGCUUCAUUAAGCAUAAGUUCCUAAAAGGUCAGGAAUCCCAUUUUAUGGGUUGGUUUUGUUGUUUUGUUUUGUUUUGUUUUCAAGAAACACCUAGGUUGUUUGGGGUGCCACUCAAGUAUUUUAAUUAUUCUGGGAGAUCUCUGGUUCUGACACUAAAGCUAAUACAUUUUGUCCCAUAUCAGUGUUCCUGAUAAUUGUAAUGAAAAUCAAGAAUUCUACUCCCCCCCACCGAUCAUUUUGGGGGUGACCAGAAUCUUCACUUCUACAUCUUUCCCUCCUCCUGCUGCUGCUACUGGCUUCUUGCUGGAGGUGAGGGGCUUGGAAGGCUCCAGUCAUUUCGCAUAGUUUGUGCAUGCCUGCUGGUGAGGUUUUGGUUUGGGGGAAAGGGGUAGGGCAAGGAAUAAGAGGACAGGCCACUCAAACUCUGUCCCCUACCACACCUCCCUCUGCCAGGUGCUGCUCCCACCAUUGUCGUCAUCUGCUUUCUUGAGUAGAAGUUUUGCAUUAAAUUUCUUCUGUGGUGACUUCUGCAUGCCCUGUGCUCCCCAAGCUCCUAACUGCCUCUGCCCACACUCUGAACACUUUGUGCCUGUUUUCUCUAGUUGUGGAGAAUAAGUGAGCCAGUAAGUAGGGCAGUUUUUGCUUUUAAGGUAUUGGUAAAAAGUUAUCCUAGUGUUUAUCUACAUUUGUAUUAUUCUAACAAUACUCUAUAAUGGAAAAUAUACUUUUUAAAUGCAGAAGAUGUUGAAAAUCAUUUUAGUAACUCAGCCCUGGUUAGUAUUAUCUGCUUCAAAUACAUUAAAGCUCAGCAUGAACACAUCCAGAUGCUAGGAACUUCAAAGAUUAGACCUGAAGAACCUUAGAGGCUGUGGUCCAAACCCUUUAUUCUACAUAUGAGGAAACAGGACUAAGAAGGUGAAAUGAUUUGUCCAAAUUCACAUAGCCAGUAAGUAGCCAAGUCCAGGAUUUGGAUUAAGGACCUUUGAUUCCAAAUCUGCUGCUCUUAAUAAUACACUAAGUGAUUGGCUGUUCUACAGAGGUGCAAUGUGGACACCAAUUUUGUGGAGAUUUCCAGAGAAUACUAUCUUUGGAUGAAUUACUUUUUAAACUUGGGAAACUAUUGCCUUUUCUCAGGCAGCUUGCAAAACCUGAUAAGAUUUUGUAAGGCUGUGCUAGUGGCAAAAUCAACUGGAAGAGUUGGGUAUUGGAGAUUCACCAUUUAGGGGGAAAGGGGAGGAAAUGAUUAAAUUUGCAAAAGAAAGGUGUUGCUGUUUCAGGAAGAUGCCUAGGAAUACCAGCCUCCAGCACUAAAACCUAGGAUGUAUGCAAGUAGGACCCUUGAGCACUAAGACUGAGAUGGUUCAUGCAAGUGGGAAGGGCACUGUGCACAUCCAGAGAUAUGCAGGCAUAAGGUAAUGCCCAAUCCUAGCUGUGCAGCACCAGGGACUUGACAUUUUCAAAAUAUUUUUUAAAAUUAAAAUUGUCAUAUGAAA